GGGGCCAUCCCCUCCGGCCAUUUCUCAGCGCCUGCAUCCCGAGUAUCCAGAGUGUCUUUUCUGGGGACAUAUUCUUACUAGACUGACAGUCUUAAGUCAAGCAUGCAGUGAGGGUGUGGAGGGAUGGAAGAAGCGAGUCUGUGCCUUGGAGUGUCCUCGGCGGCACCGGAAGCUGAGCCUCCUCACCUGAGCGGCCCGGUCCUCAAUGGCCAGUAUGCCAUGAGUCAGAAGCUGCACCAGAUCACUUCUCAGCUCAGCCAUGCCUUUCCUGAGUUGCACCCGCGGCCCAAUCCGGAGGAGAAGCCACCCGUGGCCCUUGAGGAGAAGGGCCACGUGCCCAUGAGCGGGCAGUCCAUGGGCAGCCAAAUGGCGUUACUGGCCAACCAGCUGGGCCGCGAUGUGGACAGCAGCCUGAACGGGCGCGUGGACCUGCAGCAGUUCCUCAACGGGCAGAACCUCGGAAUCAUGUCUCAGAUGAGCGACAUUGAGGACGACGCCCGAAAGAAUCGGAAGUACCCCUGUCCUCUGUGCGGCAAGCGUUUCCGGUUCAACAGCAUCCUCUCCCUGCACAUGCGCACCCACACCGGAGAGAAGCCUUUCAAGUGCCCCUACUGCGACCACCGCGCUGCCCAAAAAGGAAACCUCAAGAUCCACCUGCGGACCCACAAGCUGGGCAACUUGGGGAAGGGGCGCGGGCGGGUGCGUGAGGAGAACCGUCUGCUGCACGAGCUGGAGGAGAGGGCCAUCCUGCGGGACAAGCAGAUGAAGGGCAGCCUGCUGCAGCCUAGGUCUGAGCUCAAGCCCUUGGCGCAUGCCCAGCAGGCCCCGUUGGCCACCUGCAACUUGGCCUUGCCUGCAAACCACACCGUGCCCGACAUAGCCCACCCGGCACCUUCCCCCAAGCCGGCCAGUCUGCAGGAGGACCCGGUGACCCCAACAGCGGGCUUCAGAUGCACCUUUUGCAAAGGCAAGUUCAAGAAGCGCGAGGAGUUGGACCGCCACAUCCGCAUUUUGCACAAGCCCUACAAGUGCACGCUGUGCGACUUCGCGGCCUCGCAGGAGGAGGAGCUCAUCAGCCACGUGGAGAAGGCACACAUCACCGCUGAGUCGGCCCAGGGCCAGGGUCCCAAUGGCGGCGGAGAGCAGUCGGCUAACGAGUUCCGCUGCGAGGUCUGCGGCCAGGUGUUCAGCCAGGCCUGGUUCCUCAAGGGCCACAUGCGCAAACACAAGGACUCCUUUGAGCACUGCUGUCAGAUCUGUGGCCGGCGCUUCAAAGAGCCGUGGUUCCUGAAGAAUCACAUGAAAGUCCACCUCAACAAGCUGUCGGUGAAGAACAAAUCCCCCACCGAACCCGAGGUGUCCGUGCCCAUGGGUGGCCUGUCCCAGGAGGCCCAUGCCAACCUGUAUUCUAGGUACCUCUCCUGUCUGCAGAGUGGCUUUAUGACCCCGGACAAAGCCAGCCUGGGGGAGCCCACCCAGCUCUAUGGCAAAGGGGAGCUUCCGGCCAAGGAGAAGGAGGUUCUGGGAAAGUUACUCUCGCCCAUUUCCAGUAUGGCUCACAGUGUCCCCGAAGGGGACAAGCACUCCCUCCUGGGCUGCCUCAACCUCGUGCCGCCGCUAAAAUCCAGCUGCAUCGAGCGGCUGCAGGCAGCUGCCAAAGCUGCCGAGAUAGACCCCGUGAAUAGCUACCAGGCCUGGCAGCUCAUGGCGAGGGGCAUGGCCAUGGAACAUGGUUUCUUAUCGAAAGAGCAUCAGCUCACGCGCAACCACGAAGACCCUUUGGCAAACGCCGGAGGAGGAGUUCUGUUUGAUAAGGAGAAGCGAGAGUACGCGUUAGUGGGAGCAGAUGGCUCGAAGCAGAAAAUGCCUGCUGAUUUGGUUCACAGCGCUAAAGUGGGCAAUCAGAGAGACUUGCCAAAUAAGCUCGACCCUCUAGAAGGCAGUCGGGAGUUUUUGUCACAUGGCCUCAACCAGACUCUCGAAUACAACCUUCAGGGUCCCGGCGGGCACAUGAAGGAGAAACCCACCGAGUGCCCCGACUGCGGGCGGGUGUUCCGCACCUACCACCAGGUAGUGGUGCACUCUCGCGUUCACAAGCGGGACCGCAAGAGCGAAGAGGACGCGUUGCACGUGGGUGUGGGCCUGGAGGAGCGGCGAGGCUCGGGCAGUGACCAGGAGUCCCAGUCGGUGAGCCGCUCCACCACACCUGGCUCCUCUAACGUGACUGAGGAGAGCGGGGCUGGAGGUGGCCUGUCGCAGACCGGGAGCGCCCAGGAGGACAGUCCACACCCGUCUUCACCGUCUUCCUCAGACAUCGGCGAGGAGGCCGGGAGAGCCGCUGGCGUCCAGCAGCAGGCGCUGCUCCGAGACAGGAGUCUGGGCUCGGCCAUGAAGGACUGCCCAUACUGUGGGAAGACUUUCCGGACGUCCCAUCAUCUCAAGGUCCACCUGAGGAUACAUACAGGUGAGAAGCCCUACAAGUGUCCCCACUGCGACUACGCUGGCACCCAGUCCGCAUCCCUCAAGUAUCACCUAGAGCGACACCACCGGGAGCGGCAGAAUGGAGCGGGGCCGCUGUCAGGGCCACCCCCGGCCCAAGAGCACAAGGACGAGACCCCGAGCAGAGCGUCUGUGUUCAUCAGGCCCGACAUCCUGCGGGGGGCUUUUAAGGGUCUCCCUGGAAUCGACUUCCGAGGCACUCCAGCCUCUCAGCAGUGGACGUCAGGCAUGCUGUCCUCUGGAGAUCCCUCAGGGCAGGCCGCCGGUGUGUCCUCAGAGCUGGCCUCCGAUGCCCUGAAAGGCGCUGACCUUCCUUCUAAGAGCCCCCACUUCCCAGAGAUCGGAAGGGCUUAUCAGGGCAUGGCGAGCAACGGUGUCAGCUUCCAAGGGUCCCUGCAAGCGUUCAUGGACAGCUUUGUCCUGAGCUCUUUGAAGAAAAAGGACGCAAAGGAGAAAGGACCAUCGGAAGCCCAUGCUGUGAAAGCCCACGCUGCUGCUGCUGCUGCUGCUGCUGCUGCUGCUGCUGCUGCUGCUGCUGCGGAGGGUGGAGAGGAGAAAGCCGGCGGGAAGGUCUCCCAGCGCAAGUCUGAGAAAUCUCAGUACGAGCCUCUGGACUUGUCUGUGCGGCCCGACGCCACCGCUCUGCCGGGCUCCUCCGUGACCAUGCAGGACAGCAUCGCGUGGCACGGCUGCCUGUUCUGCGCAUUCACCACAUCGUCCAUGGAGCUCAUGGCCCUUCACCUCCAGGCAAACCACCUAGGCAAAGCGAAACGCAAAGAUCACCCCACGGGGGUGACAGUCAGCUGCAAAGAGCAGGCACGGGAGGCCAGCAAGGUCUCGGUGCUGCCCUCCAUACAGCUGAACAAGGAGAUGGCCCUCCCUACCACCGUGGGCAUGCUAGACUCCGCCGCCGCCGAGAAGAUGGCCCAAGGACCGGCCAAAGAGACUCUAGGGGACCAGAAGAGCGGCCAGUGGCCCAGCCACAUGGACCCUGCCUUUUGUACCUUUCCGUCUGACUUCUACAAACAGUUUGGUGUUUACCCCACGAUGGUCGGUGGCUCGGGGGCCCCUGGCUCCUGCCCCAACAAGAAUCCCGAUGGGAAAACCCAUCUAGAAGACGACGCCCCUAUCUUGAUCCCAGAAACCACAAAUAAGAGCACUACUGAUGACCUCUCAGAUAUCGCCUCCUCCGAGGACAUGGAUUCCUCUAAGGGGGAAAACAAUGAGGACGAGGAGAUUGACACCGAACCGGAAAUGAUGAGCAAGCCGCUGUCCGCCCUCGGCAAGGACGGCAGCAGUGAGGGCAGCGAAGGCCUGCUGCCUCCGGGCGCCUCCCAGCCCAUCCAGGGACUGCUCUCACCUUUAGCCCAAGCGUCAGAGGAACAGUGGCACAACCCAGGCCUCCUUCCUGCCCAGGACCCCUCAGCGGGGUUGCCAAAGCCGGAGCGGGGUCCCCCUGGCUUGGAGAAACCUAUGAGCAUGCUGUCGGUCCUUAGGGCCUACAGCGCCGAUGGCUUAGCGGCCUUUAACGGGCUUGCGAGCAGCACAGCAAAUUCUGGAUGUGUCAAGAGGCCAGACUUGUGUGGUCACCGGCCUUUCCAGUGUCACUACUGUCCCUACAGUGCCUCGCAGAAGGGGAACUUGAAGACCCACGUGCUCUGCGUCCAUCGAAUGCCUUUUGACAACAGCCAGUAUCCCGACCGCAGGUUCAAACGCUCCAGGGUCGACUCGGAGGCUUCUGGGAAUUUUGAGGAGGCUGCAGCUGUCAAGGCGGGGAGCUUUGCGGAGCUUGCGGAUGAGAGAGGCCAGGGCCAGGAGGAGGGCAACUGAGCACCCGCCCACAGCAAUA